AAGAAGAAGACUUUUUGCGCAUGGGCAAACGGAUCGAGCAGCUCAUUUCCAAUCAAGAUGGCGGACCGAGCGGCUGUGCAAAAUGUGCGAUUGAACAAAUAUGGAGUCUCAAAUAUUCGUAUUUUCUAAAGCCCACGAAACGGAAGUUGAGUUUGGAGCGAUGGAGUUUUAUCUGAAGUGAUUAUUGAAGACGUGAUAGAAGAUGGACGACUACUGCUCUGCUAAGAUGGCGACGUCAUGUCAAAGAGAAAGUGAAAGAGAAUCAGCGCCACCAACUUCCAGCAAAUUGCCAACGGAGAUGAAGAUAGAAACCGAGAAUGAAGAAGUCCAGCAACUGAUUGGUCACCACGAAGAUUUUCACUCUCAGCCGCGGGGGGUGAGUUCCACUUUGAAGCAGGAAAUGUUGCUUUACCCACCGAUGAAAGAGGAAGAGGAGGAAAUUUGGAUCACUCAGGAGGGUGAGUGUCCUUUAGGGCUGCAGGGAGGUGAUCUCACCAAGUUGCCACUGACUAUUGUCUCUGUGAAAACUGAAGAUGAUGAAGAGAAACCACAAGUAGACAACCUCUUAGCUCCACUAUCAGAUAGUGAGGCUGAAGACGAGGUUGAAGAACCUUUGAGCAACGAUACAGACUGUGAAGGCGAUAUGAGGACUCACACUGGCAACAAACAGUCUGAAUGCUCUAAAAAAAAGACAGGCAAAAAAAGUUUGGACUGCUCAGUUUGUGGUACAAGAUGUGCUAAAAAGAGCCAUUUAACUGAACACAUGAGAACACACACAGGCGAAAAACCGUUCAUGUGUUCAGUUUGUGGUAAAAGUUUCACCUACAGGGGGAAUUUAACUCAACACAUUAGAACACACAAAGGGGAAAAACCAUUCAAUUGUUCAGUUUGUAGUAAAAGCUUUUCUCUGAAGGCCCAUUUGACUCAACACAUGAGAACGCACACGGGGGAAAGACCAUUCAUUUGUUCAGUUUGUGGCAAACGCUGCACUAAUAAGAGCCACGUGACGGAACACAUGCGAACGCACACAGGUGAGAAACCAUUUAUUUGUUCAGUUUGUGGCAAAAGCUUUAUACAAAAGAGCCACUUGACCGAACACAUGAGAACGCACACAGGAGAAAAACCCUUUAUUUGUUCAGUGUGUGGCAAAAGCUUUACUCGAAAGUGCAAUUUGACUCAACACACGAGAACGCACACGGGAGAAAAACCGUUCAAUUGCUCAGAUUGCGGCAAAAGUUUUUCUCAAAACAGCACUUUGACUCAACACAUGAAACUACACACAGGAGAAAAAAUAUGAAUAUGUACAGUUUGUGGUAAAAUAGUAUUUCCUUAUGUAGACAUGGUAAGACAAAUGAAAACACAGCUUUUAAGUUUGUGGUAAAAGUAUUGUUUUCAGACUACAAAAGGGAUGUAACGAUAUCGUCACCAAAAUGUUUAUGAUUAUCAUAAUUGUGAUAUUGCUAAAUGUGCUCAAAAGGUACUUUUAAUCAAGGUAUUUGUUUAAUGAAUACAACAAAUCAACACACUGUUAGAAAAAAACACUAUUUUGUGUGUUUUAAUGGUUUUUUUAUGCUUCACUGAUACUGUUUGAGGGGCUUCACGGUGGCAGAAGGGUUAGUGCGUCUGCCUCACAAUACGAAGGUCCUGCAGUCCUGGGUUCAAAUCCAGGCUCGGGAUCUUUCUGUGUGGAGUUUGCAUGUUCUCCCCGUGAAUGCGUGGGUUCCCUCCGGGUAGUCCGGCUUCCUCCCACUUCCAAAGACAUGCACCUGGGGAUAGGUUGAUUGGCAACACUAAAUUGGCCCUAGUGUGUGAAUGUGAGUGUGAAUGUUGUCUGUCUAUCUGUGUUGGCCCUGCGAUGAGGUGGCGACUUGUCCAGGGUGUACCCCGCCUUCCGCCCGUUGUAGCUGAGAUAGGCGCCAGCGCCCCCCGCGACCCCGAAAGGGAAUAAGCGGUAGAAAAUGGAUGGAUGGAUGAUACUGUUUGAGAUUUAGUAUGUUAUUUGUUUUAAUGGCCAAGCUUUCACUGUUUGGUUAAUUUUUAUUUACCUUUCGCAGUGCCAAUGCGAGCAUAUUUUAGAGGUUUCGUGGGGGGAAAUUCCUGGAACUUCUGUGUAAUCAGGGAAUUUUCAGAAGCGGCAAACAUGCUGGUUUAAAGGGGAACAUUAUCACAAUUUCAAAAGGGUUAAAAACAAUAAAAAUCAGU